AAUUAUUACACAACUCUCAGAACAAAUUUCCACACUAAAUGAGAGAAUGGAUGAAUUUACAUCUCGCAUUGAAGAACUUAAUUCCAAAUUCUCUGCCAGGAAAGUCUCGGCCAGCCAACAAAACCUGGCACUGCAGGCCGAAGCAUGCAAUGGGUCUGGACCGACAUCUCAUUUCGUCAGUGGCUUAAGUAAUGGUUCCUUGACUGGAACUCUUCUGCCCAAUUCUUCGUCGUCUUCUCAGUUGGCUAAGGAGUCUCCACUGAUGGAAGAGUUACUAGCUAUUUCGCGAGGGCAGCGUCAGGUCAUGCACCAAAUAGACAAUCUGAGCAAUCUUCUGCGCGAGUUUUCGGGAGACAGAUUCCGCCAUGGAAGAACAGAGGGGACUAGCAGAACCAUUGAUGUUGAUUCAAUAACUGGUCCCCUUUUACUAACCUUAGCACUUGGUGGUUUAGGUGUCUUCUUGUUCAGAAGUCUAGCUUGGUAGAAAUAAACUUCAGUGGCUAGCAGCUCAUUUUCAGCUUUCUUCCAAUGAUAAAAGGGCCAUCAAUUGUCUGGUGAAGUCUGGAUCCGCAGUGGGAAGUAGAUAACCAAUAAUGUUUUCUUGAUAUACGACCUGGGAUAUGUACUGUAA